GCCAUUUUGUAGUCAUUUAAAACUUGCUCGUAGAUURAUGUGACUGCGCUCCGUGGAUACUAUGGAUUUAAGUGUCGUUUCCACUUUCAAACUUCACCAUGAAGGAUAAAAGAAAAAGGGACAGGGAUAGUUAAUGCUUUGGUGGAGGUGUUUCGAUGAAGUUGAAUGGGUUUUGUUGGAGUUUUAAACCAUGGAAUUACCGAUGUAUUGGAUCUGGGUUUGUGUUCUAUUCAAUGUGCCCUUGCUGGGAUGUUUCGAGCUACACCUUUCGGAGACGUUACAAACGGGGACCGUUUUGGCAAAUUUGUCCCUGGGGCCCGGUUGGACAUACAAAAUCGACAGGACUUUAACUCCUAAAUACAUUCAGAACUUUUUACAAGUGGAAUGGCAAGAAGGAGCUCUCCGUAUGUACCGAAAAGUGGAUUGUGUGCGCUUAUUGAGGAACCCGGUGCCUGUCUAUAUCAGGAUAGGCUCGUUGACGUCUGAAAAUGUUGUUUUGACACAUUUCAAUACAUUUGUACACGGACAAGACUGUUUUAUCAAAUACAAGAGAAAGAGCACAAUAGGUAAACUCGACAUUCACAUCAAUUACCUUUCCAAACUGGAAGCAACUUCCUGCUUACCCGCAGGUAAUUUGCUUGUGAAUGUAACAAAACUUUUGCCUGCCUUUACGCGAAAUAUCAAUUUUUCUGCCUCAUCAUGUACUACUGGGAAAGACUUGAGAGCAGUUUUUAAACAUGGCAAUCUAUUGCUGGAGGAAGACUACUGUUUGGGGCACGGAGAGCUGCGCGAUGUGCAUUUGCAUUGUACACUGCGUGCUCUGAGUGACCGGAGCGUCCGCGUCUCCGUGCGCGUGAGGUUGCGGUUGGUGACAGUGGUUGAGGGAGAGACCCAUGGGCAGUUAUCAUCAUCACACACCAUCCAGAUUGUGCCUGGCAAAUGGAACCACCGAAAACGGAGAAAUGUGAACACACCUCCCCAGUUUCAGCUCCCCAACUACCAGGUGUCUGUUCCCGAGAAUGAACCAUCAGGGACCCGCGUCAUCACACUAAAGGCCACUGAUCCGGAUGAUGGAGAGGCAGGUAGAAUAGAGUAUGGAAUGGAGGCCCUCUUUGACAGCAGAUCCAACGACUUUUUUGUAAUAAACCCUCAGACCGGUGCUAUUACAACAGUGCAGCCUUUAGACAGAGAGGUCAAAGACACACACGUCUUCAAAGUAAUGGUGACAGACAACGGCUCCCCACGGCGCUCAGCCACGUCUUACCUCACCGUGACRGUCRGYGACACCAACGACCACGGSCCGGUGUUCGAGCAGACUGAAUACCGUGUAACCAUACGGGAGAAUGUAGAGGUGGGCUUUGAGGUCAUGACCAUAAGAGCCACAGACGGGGACGCACCCUCCAACGCCAAUAUGGUCUAUAAAAUMGUCAACAGCGRCRGAGUGAACRCUGGUUUUGAKAUCGACCCACGCCACGGGCUAGUGAGGAUCAGAGAGCGGCCCGACAGAGAGACCAUGUCCCAGUACCAGCUKAUCGUGGAAGCCAACGACCAGGGGAAAGACCCUGRACCCCGGAGCGCCACGGCCACCGUCAACAUCUCGGUAGAGGACGAGAACGACAACUACCCCCAGUUCAGUGAGAAACGUUACGUGGUCCAAAUCCCUGAGAACGUGGCCGUCAACUCUAAAGUCACUCAAGUYSAGGCCACGGACAWRGACGAGGGAAACAAYGCUAAGGUCCACUACAGCAUCAUCAGUGGCAACGUGAAGGGRCAGUUCUACAUCCACUCKCCCAMUGGGGUCAUCGAUGUCAUUAAUCCCCUGGAUUACGAAAUGAUCAGAGAGUAUAAUUUACGGAUUAAAGCUCAGGAUGGUGGCAGGCCUCCGUUGAUCAACGGGACUGGGAUGGUGGUGGUCCAGGUGGUUGACGUAAAUGAUAACGCUCCUAUGUUCGUCAGCACGCCGUUUCAAUCCACUGUGCUGGAGAAUGUGGCCAUUGGCUACUCAGUAAUCCACAUCCAGGCUAUAGACGCUGAUUCUGGGGAUAACGCUCGUCUGGAGUACCGUCUCACCGACACCUCCCCUGGUUUCCCCUUCACCAUCAACAAUAGCACUGGGUGGAUCACGGUCGCCGCRGAGCUCGACAGGGAAACCACCGAGUUCUAUACCUUCGGCAUGGAAGCAAGGGAUUGUGGGAUACCUGUGAUGUCAUCCUCAGCCAGCGUGAGCAUCACGGUCCUAGAUGUGAACGACAACAUCCCGACCUUCACAGAGAAGGUGUAUUCUCURAAGAUKAAUGAGGAUGCUGUGGUGGGGACCAGUGUGUUGACAGUGACAGCCRUYGACAGGGAUGUAAAUAGCGUCGUWACCUAUCAGAUCUCYAGCGGAAACACCAGGAAYCGUUUYGCCAUCACCAGUCAGAGUGGAGGMGGGCUCAUCACCUUGGCGUUACCSUUAGACUACAAACAGGAGCGCCAGUAYGUCCUGRCRGURACUGCUUCGGACGGCACRCGUUAUGACAUGGCACAGGUGUUCAUCAACGUCACGGACGCCAACACRCACCGCCCCGUGUUCCAGAGCGCCAACUACCAGGUGAUGAUUAGCGAGGACCGGCCCGUGGGGUCCAUUGUGGUCGUCAUCAGCGCCACCGACGAAGACACGGGUGAAAACGCUCGCAUCACGUACAUCAUGGAGGACAACGUCCCCCAGUUUAAGAUCGACCCCGACACGGGCGCCAUCACCACCCAGAUGGAGAUAGACUACGAGGACCAGGCGUCGUACACSYUAGCCAUCAUCGCCAGGGACAAYGGCAUUCCUCAGAAGUCCGAUACRACCUAUGUGGAGAUAAUAAUCCUGGAUGCCAAYGACAACACACCUCAGUUCCUACGGGACAUGUAUCGGGGGACUGUAUUUGAGGACGCACCCGUUUACACCAGCGUGCUCCAGAUAUCUGCCUCCGACAGGGACUCCGGGUCCAACGGCAGGCUGAGCUACACCUUCCAGGGUGGAGAUGACGGRGAGGGGGACUUCUUCAUCGAGCCCUACUCUGGCAUCAUCAGAACAGCCAGGAAGYUAGACAGAGAGAACGUGCCUGUGUAUACMCUGAAGGCCUUCGCUGUGGAUAAGGGGAUYCCUCCUCUCAAAGCAGCRGUGGACAUCCAGGUGUCAGURCUGGAUAUCAACGAYAACGCSCCCGUGUUCGAGAAGGACGAACUGUUUAUCUACGUAGAGGAGAACAGUCCCGUCGGUUCCGUCUUGGCUCGGAUCAGCGCCACCGACCCAGAUGAGGGAACCAACGCUCAGAUCAUGUACCAGAUCGUSGAGGGGAACAUCCCRGAGGUCUUCAAGCUGGACAUCUUCAAAGGCGACCUCACCGCCCUCACGGACCUCGACUACGAGUCCAGAACCGAGUWYGUYAUYGUGGUCCAGGCCACGUCCGCUCCGCUCGUCAGCCGGGCCACRGUCCACRUCCGUUUAGUCGACAUCAAUGACAACGACCCGGUUCUGCAGAACUUUGAGAUUAUCUUCAAUAACUAUGUGACCAACAAGUCCAAUAGUUUCCCCUCAGGGAUCAUAGGGAAGGUACCUGGCCAUGACCCGGACGUGUCGGAUAAACUCCACUACAGUUUUGAGUCGGGGAAUGAGCUGAACCUGCUAGUGCUAAAUGCAGACACGGGGGAACUAAAGCUCAGCAGAGACCUGGAUAACAACAGACCUCUAGAGGCCCCCAUGACUGUCUCUGUCUCAGAUGGUGUCCAUCGGGUCACAGCUCUGUGCACCCUGCGGGUCACCAUAAUCACAGACGACAUGUUGACCAACAGCAUCACGGUGCGCCUGGAGAACAUGUCUCAGGAGCGCUUCCUGUCCCCUCUGCUGUCCCUCUUCCUGGAGGGUGUGGCAGCCGUGCUCUCCACCAGCCGCCAGGCCGUCUUYGUGUUCAACAUUCAGAACGACACAGACGUCCGCGGCGCCAUCCUCAACGUGACCUUCUCGGCRCUGCAGCCAGGGGGUCACCCAGGGAGGUACUUCCCCUCCGAGGAGCUGCAGGAGCAGAUCUAUCUGAACCGCACCCUGCUUCGACUAAUAUCAUCACAACAGGUGCUUCCCUUCGAYGACAACAUCUGCYUGAGGGAGCCSUGUGAGAACUAUAUGAAGUGUGUGUCCGUGCUGAAGUUCGACAGCUCGCCGCCCUUCAUCUCCUCCGACACGGUGCUGUUCCGGCCCAUCCACCCCGUCAACGGUCUGCGCUGCCGUUGUCCUGCAGGCUUCACCGGGGACUACUGCGAGACGGAGAUAGACCUCUGCUACUCRGGACCCUGCAGGAACAACGGGAAGUGUCGCAGCCGAGAAGGAGGCUAUACGUGCGAGUGUCAGGAAGACUUCACUGGUGAGCACUGUGAGGUGAACGCCCGGUCGGGGCGRUGUGUCCCGGGGGUGUGUAAGAAUGGGGGGAAAUGUGUGGACCUGCUGGUGGGGGGGUUCAUGUGCCAGUGUCCCCCGGGAGAGUACGAGAAGCCUUACUGUGAGAUGACCACCAGGUCUUUCCCUGGUCAAUCCUUCAUCACCUUCAGAGGACUACGACAGAGGUUCCACUUUACUGUCUCAUUCAUGUUUGCCACCAGAGAGAGGAAUGCCCUGCUGCUGUACAAUGGGAGAUUUAACGAGAAACACGACUUUAUCGCCUUGGAGAUUAUCGAGGARCAGAUCCAACUCACCUUCUCUGCAGGAGAGACUAAGACCGUGGUCCAUCCCUUUGUUCCCGGAGGGGUCAGUGACAGCCAGUGGCACUCUGUCCAGCUGCACUACUACAACAAGCCCAACAUUGGUCGUCUGGGGAUCCCCCAUGGACCCUCGAGUGAGAAGGUGGCUGUGGUUGCUGUGGACGACUGUGACAUCGCCAUGGCAGUUCGCUUUGGCAACCAGAUCAGCAAUUACUCCUGUGCUGCCCAGGGCACCCAGACCGGACAGAAAAAAUCAUUGGACCUGACAGGACCGCUGCUGCUGGGAGGUGUUCCCAACCUGCCCGAGGACUUCCCUGUGAGGAACAGAGACUUUGUGGGCUGCAUGAGGAACCUGAGCAUCGACAGCCAACCCACCGACAUGGCCAGCUUCAUCGCUAACAACGGAACCACUGCAGGUUGUCCUGCCAAGAGGAACUUCUGUACUAAGGAUUUGUGUCAGAACAGAGGAGUGUGUGUCAACAAGUGGAACACCUACAGCUGUGACUGUCCUCUGGGCUACGGGGGCAAGAACUGCGAACAAGUGAUGCCAUCCCCGCAGCACUUUGACGGCCAKGCCCUGGUGUCGUGGAGUGACCUUGACGUCACCAUCGCUGUGCCCUGGUACAUGGGCCUGAUGUUCCGGACCAGGCAGGGCACUGGCACGCUGAUGCAGGCUACCGCUGGAGACUUCUCUACUGUCAAUCUACUGAUAAGUGAUCAGUACGUGAGGUUUGAGGUGUUUCUGGGAUCUGAGAGGGUAGCGUUGCUGGGCUUCCCUCAAGUCCGGGUGAACGACGGGGAGUGGCACCAUGUCCUGGUGGAGCUGAAGAGCGUCAAAGACGGCAAGGACAUCAAGUACAUGGCCCUGGUGUCACUGGACUACGGACUGUACGAGAGGUCUGUGGAGAUAGGUAACGAGCUGCCAGGUUUGAGGCUGAGGGCGCUGUAUCUGGGAGGGUUACCAGGAGAGGGGAACCACGUCCACGAUGGCUUCACCGGUUGUAUGCAGGGUGUGCGUAUGGGCGAGACGUCCACCAACGUGGUCAACGUGAACAUGCUGCUGGGCUUUAAGAUUCAUGUGGAGGACGGCUGUGACCUGGCUGACCCCUGUGACUCUAACAUCUGCCCUGAGAACAGCCACUGCAGCGACGACUGGAGCACACACACCUGCGUCUGCGACCCAGGGUACUUUGGGAGGGAGUGCGUUGACGCGUGUCACCUCAACCCCUGCGAGCACGUGUCCACCUGCGUCCGCAAGCCUAGCUCCUCCCAUGGCUACACCUGCGAGUGUGGACAGAACUACUACGGACAGUACUGCGAAAACAAGGUUGAGAAGCCGUGUCCUAGGGGCUGGUGGGGGAACCCCAUGUGUGGCCCCUGCCACUGUGACAUCAGCAAAGGGUUCGACCCUGACUGUAACAAGACCAGUGGAGAGUGUCGCUGCAAGGAUAACUACUACCAGCCCAAAGAGGAGGACACCUGUUACCCCUGUGAGUGCUUCCCUCUAGGGGCCCAYUCCCGUACUUGUGACCCCCACACCGGACAGUGCCCCUGUAAAGCCGGGGUCAUCGGACAACAAUGUAACCGCUGUGACAACCCCUUCGCUGAGGUCACCGCCACCGGUUGUGAAGUGGUGUACGAGGGCUGUCCCAAGGCYUUCGACCAAGGGAUCUGGUGGCCCAAGACCAAAUUUGGCCGUCCUGCAGCCAUGAACUGUCCCAAAGGAUCUAUCGGAACUGCCAUCCGCCACUGCAAUGAUGAAAAGGGCUGGCUGCCUCCUGAACUCUUCAACUGUACCACAGUCUCCUUCACCCAGCUCAUGAAGAUGAAUGAGGAGAUGCAUCGUAACGUGUCCAGGAUGGACCGCGAGCGCGCCAAAGCUAUCGUGCGCCUGCUCCACAACGCCACCAACCACACGGACAGCUACUACGGCAACGAUGUGAAGACAGCGUUCCAGCUGCUGACCAGGGUCCUCCAGUACGAGAGUCAUCAGACAGGCUUCGAUCUCACGGCCACGAGAGACGCGGAGUUCAACGAGAACCUGGUGAGAGCGGGCAGUGCCAUCCUAGACCCUGGCACCAGAGACCACUGGGAGCAGAUCCAGCGCUCUGAGGGGGGCACCGCMCACCUGCUGCGCMACUUUGAGGAUUACACCAACACCCUGGCACAGAACAUGAGGAAGACCUACCUCAAACCAUUCACCAUCGUCACUGAYAACAUGAUCAUUGUUGUUGAUUACCUGGACACGUCCGUCCCUGAGCAGGCCUCAGUCCCUCGCUUCCAUGAGAUCCAGGAGUACUACCCCARAGACCUCACGUCSUCUGUCCGUUUCCCACAGUUCAACACUAGGSCCCAGGAGGUCCACGACAAAGGUGCAAGUCGUCUGCUCACACUACCACUGGACUUGGAAUACUGCAAACUGUACAAACUCUUUUGGGCUGUAAUCCAUCAAAACCUUUGGGAUUUGUCGGUGACCUACAAACAUGGUGACGUGUUACCCCUAAAAAUUGUGACCUACACCACGGUGUCAGCCUCCCUGGUAGCACUGUUCCUCACCUUCAUCCUGCUGGCUCUACUCAGGAAGCUACGCUCUAACCUCCACAGCAUCCACAAGAACCUGGUGGCGGCACUCUUCUUCUCCGAGCUCGUCUUCCUCAUCGGCAUCAACCAGACUGACAACCCAUUUGUGUGCACGGUGAUCGCCAUCCUGCUCCACUACUUCUACAUGUGUACGUUUGCCUGGAUGUUUGUGGAGGGCCUCCACAUCUACCGCAUGCUGACGGAGGUACGGAACAUCAACCACGGCCACAUGAGGUUCUACUACGCCAUGGGCUGGGGCAUACCUGCGGUCAUCACAGGUCUGGCAGUGGGUCUUGACCCUCAGGGCUAUGGGAACCCAGACUUCUGCUGGCUCUCUGUCCACGACACCCUCAUCUGGAGCUUCGCAGGGCCCAUCUCUGUAGUCGUCCUGGUCAACAUCGUCAUCUUUGUACUGGCAGCUAAGGCGUCCUGUGGACGCAGGCAGAGGUCCUUCCAGAAGUCUGGAGCCAUUCCUGCUAUGAGGAUGGCCUUCCUGCUCCUAUUGCUCAUCAGCGCCACCUGGCUGUUGGGCCUCAUGGCCGUCAACAGUGAUGUCAUGACCUUCCACUACCUGUUCGCCAUCUUCAGUUGUCUGCAGGGCAUCUUCAUCUUCUUCUUCCAUGUGAUCUUUAAUAAAGAAGUGAGGAAGAAUCUGAAGAAUGUCUUUACCGGGAAGAAGGCUUCACCGGAUGAGUCCAGCACUACCAGAGCGUCUCUACUCACUCGGUCUCUGAAUUGUAACAACACGUACACUGAGGACGGUCCUCUGUACAGGUCAGCCAUUGGGGAGUCCGCUGUUUCUCUGGAGAGUGCCGUCAGGGGUGACUCUGGCCAGAAGCACAGCGCAUCGUCAGGGACAGCUAAAGCAGGACACGCCGACCUGGACGGACCUCUGUUCCACAGRAACGGCACUAAAGGAGGAGACGACUCGGACUCGGACAGUGAGUUGUCUGUAGAUGAACACAGCUCGUCCUAUGCCUCGUCUCACUCUUCUGACAGCGAAGAKGAUGACAUGGACAUCARGCCCAAGUGGAACAACGAGAGACCGCCUCUACACAGCACACCUAAAGGGCACAGCAUCAAAGUGGAAGCAGUGUCCAAUCAUGUGAAGCCUCACUGGCCCAAGGAGGCGAUGACAGCCAGUGACAGCGARGAUCCUGGGGGUGCAGGACGGCUGAGGGUGGAGACCAAGGUGAACGUGGAGCUGCACCAGGAGAACAAACACAACCAUGUAGGAGAGAGAGGAGAGACACCGCAGGACCGGGAGACCCCCACUAGGGAGAAUGGACCUCUCAGUCUACCCUCCAAUGGGCCUCCCAGCCUGGGCACCCACCAGCCUGAGCCGAAGAAGGGCAUCCUGAAGAACAAGAUCACGUACCCUCCUCCCUUGACCGACAAGAACAUGAAGAACCGACUGCGGGAGAAGCUGAGUGACUACAACCGUCCCCCCAUCAUCCCUCCGUCCAAGAGCCCCUCCGUGGCCUCCGACGACGGGGUGCACCCCGUGUCUGUGGGCAACAGCGCAAUCAUCAAGCCGCCGAUUGCCCCACGGCCACAAUUACCACAGAAUGGGAGCGUGGCURUGAGCAUGCAGGCGAUGGCGACCAACGGAGGCAACGAAUCAGACUCGGAGAAAACCAGAGUCUCUCUGCCCUUAUGAGAGGAGAAAAGAUGAUCUCUCACUGAAGUAGAGGAGAGAAGGAGGAGAAUAAAGGAACAAGAGAGCAAAGGAGGAAAGAGAGGCGGGAAAAGGAUAGGUAUAAAGAAAAGGAGAGAAGGUAUCAUGCCCAUGUGCAAUGGAGAAGUGACCUCUCACCCUUGACCUCUCACCUUCAUCUCCUAAGGAGUGCAGUAUUCCUUCAGAGCCACGCCUGCCGGACUAAACUAAAGAAAAGGGAAUGUAUGGGUCAGACUAAACCAAGUAAAGGAGGAAGUGCUACMUACUGGACUAAUGGAACCUCCUGUGCCAAACCACUAAAUAGGAGGUGAAGAAAGAGUCCAUCCCCYAGAAUGAGUGACUCACAUUGGCUGGACAGACUCAAGAGCCUCAGGGCUGAUACAGAUACGGAUGUAUGGAUAUAUGACCACUGUGUGCUGGUACAGUCAGUUGUAGUCCAGAGAAAGACUUCAAAGACUACAAAUCCUAUAGRGGUCUACAGGAAGUUCAGGAGAAACUCAGAGACUUACCAAGUGCGCUAUUCCUCCAAGCUACUCAUAGAAAGAGGAAUAUAGCCUUUCACCCUGUGUGUUUAGAGUGUAAUUAAUAUGUAGAUAUUUCMMMAAAAAUCUAUAUUUUGUAUUUGAACKGUGUCAUCAUGGAUGAGAGACAAAAAUACAUGUUUGUAAAUUGAAAAGAAAAUGCUUUUGUAAAAACAACAAUUCUAGAAAUAAUUUCUGAUUGUGGAGAAAUCACACGCUGUAAUAUGACAUGUUAUUCUGUGGCUCAGACUAGCAAACCUGUGCCUUAUCACUGUGCAAACCCUACCCAUCUGGUACUUCAGGAAUCUCCCCCCCCCCCCCCCCCCCCCAAAAUGGAGUAUUUGAAAGAAAACAUUUGAACACAGGUCAGCAGCACACACCCAUUAUUCUGCUUCCCAAAGUAGGUAACCACUGCAGUACAUAUAUGGUAUGGAGUCUCUAAUGUCACGCUAACCACUACACAAGUAAUACCUUUACAACACUUCCUAUCAUGUACAAAAUGUGAUUUUUUUUGUAUGAUCAAAGACACUGGGAUUGUUUUGURACAUAUGUAUAUUUAUUUUUAUGGUUUCAAGACACUGGAAAAAAACAAUGAUUGUAACUGUCAAAUUAAAGAUGACAUGUUGAAUUUUU